CCCCCACCAACCAAAGAAGACACCAGAGACCACCAGACCCGCCCCGGCACAGGGGGGAAGGGGGGAGACGGGAACAAUAAUCCAGCCUCCUCGUCGCCGGCGACGGCCGCCGACCGCCCGACCCAUGCCGAUCUCCGCCGGAAUCAUCCGCGCGCCGCCGCCGUACGCGUCCUCCUUCCGCUGGAGGCGCCUCCGCGUCCCUCCUCCUCCACAGCCUGCCGUGUCCGCGGCGGCGGCGGGCGGCCUCCGGCGCAGGAGGCUCGCGGGGGUGGUGGUGGCGGCGGCGUCCGCGGCCUCCGCCGGGUCGCCCGACGAGCUCCACGCGCGCGGGAGGCAUCUCCACGGCUUCCCCGAGAAAUCAUCGCUCUGGGACUUGAUACAGGACGUGGAACCUUUGGACCUAAGUGUCGUCCAGAAAGAUGUCCCUCCUGAAACAGUGGACGCGAUGAAGAGGACCGUCUCGGGGAUGCUGGGCCUGCUUCCGUCCGAUCAGUUCCGUGUCGUCGUGGAGGCACUUUGGGAUCCCUUCUUCAAGCUCGUCAUAUCUUCGAUUAUGACAGGGUACACUCUAUGUAAUGCUGAAUACAGGCUCUCUCUUGAAAGAAAUCUAGAGUUGUCUGAAGAUGAAACCGAAUGCCAAGGAGACAGCACAAAACAUAGUCACAAUGACUUCGAUUUUGGAGCACCUAUGGCAAAUUUCAGAUUACCAGAAGAUGAUGAAUUGACCCAUGAACCAGAAAAGAUCGAUGGAAAAAAUUUAUCUGAAAAUAUGGCUGGACUAGAUAACUUAAAUACUCAAGCAAAAGAACACAUUCUCCAAUUGCAGUCUCACUUGGAGUCCAUGGAAAAGGAGCUACGUGAACUCAAGAGGAAAAAUUCCUCCCUGCAAAUGCAACAAUUUGCUGGAGAAGAAAAGAAUGAGUUACUGAACUACUUGAGAUCGUUGUCACCUGACACGGUUAUCAAACUCUCAGAGCCCUCCUGCCCUGGUGUGCAAGAAGCUAUUCAUUCCGUGGUACAUGGCCUGCUAGCAACUCUUUCCCCCAAAAUGCAUACAAAGCUCCCUCCAUCUGAGAACAUGACCUCUGGGACCCUAAAUUUUGGAAAGGGGGAUGAUGACCGUGCUGAGCUUGUGGAGGAUGUGUCGCUCCCAUUUCAGCCCCUGAUAUCGAUUCCCAGGGAUCAUCUCGCACGCCUCUUAUUCUGGUGCAUGUUGCUGGGCCACUACAUUCGAGGCCUGGAGCGCCGGUUAGAGCUGUCGCAGCUCCUGGCAGCCUCUAGUGAUGUGUGGUCUUGAUUUCUCCGGUGACAAUGGUCAAGCUUUUGCCCUUCGUUUGGGGUUCGUCUACCUGACAGCACAGAACAGUCUAGUGGUUCUGUAUAAUCUAAAACCAGAUAUACUGGAAAGAGGAGGGACGCGGACCCAAGAACCCGGCUCCUGCUCGCUGUUGUCGUGAAGCUUGAAAUGGUGGAGUUACCUGCCUGUGAAGUCCCCGAAUGAUUGGCAUGAUCGUUUCAUGGUUCUUCCCGCUUCCUCGUGUUUUCGUGCUGUGCAUAUGUUCUGGUAGUUUGACAGGUUGACAUUAGUAAUCAACCUCUUUGACCCUUUUGUCAUUUGUAAAGUCUGGUCAUUUAUAAUUCUGUUGCUGUAUCUUAAUGUAUAGAGUUGAACCUUAAAGAUGCACCCAGGAGCACAGUUCUCCAAAGGUCAACAAUUUCGACAAACAACUAGCAAUGGUAAAUGACGUGGUUAAUUACAGUUCUGCA